GUCUCGGCCGCGCGCUAGGUCACCUCCCUGUUCCUCGUGUCCCCGUUACACACUUCGGGACACACGGGAGAAACUGCCGACAGCUGGCUCGGAGAGAAGGGACAGGAUGCCUGUCUCCUGGGCACGGAGUGCUGCGGACGGUCGGGGGCUGCCUGCGUGAUGUUCAUCGCAUGCCUUUCUGCUGGGCCCGAGCUGGGGCAGCGGCUGGCAGGGGCAUCUGCUCUGGUCAGACUUUGACCCCGGCGCAGGCUUCAGUGGUCGCCGUGGAUCAGGAGCAUAAAAGCUUUGGUUCGAGACAAUUAAAGACGUGGGAUGAGGAUCCAGUGACAGGACGCGGUUCUGCCUGGGGAUUCUGAAGAUAAAACGCUUUGAAAAGUCGAAUUCAUGGUCCUGGAAGCCGAGCCCAUAUUAAGAAAUGUCAGGCGUCCGACCUCCGAUCAUGAACGGGCCCAUGCACCCCCGGCCCCUGGUGGCGCUGCUCGAUGGCCGGGACUGUACGGUCGAGAUGCCCAUCCUGAAGGACGUGGCCACGGUGGCCUUCUGUGAUGCGCAGUCCACACAGGAGAUCCACGAGAAGGUGCUGAACGAGGCCGUGGGCGCGCUCAUGUACCACACCAUCACGCUGACGAGGGAGGACCUGGAGAAGUUCAAAGCCCUCCGAAUAAUCGUGCGGAUCGGCAGCGGCUUUGACAACAUCGACAUCAAGUCGGCGGGGGACUUAGGCAUCGCUGUCUGCAACGUGCCGGCGGCGUCCGUGGAGGAGACUGCAGACUCCACCAUGUGCCACAUCCUCAACCUCUACCGAAGAACCACCUGGCUGCACCAGGCACUGCGAGAGGGCACCCGAGUGCAGAGCGUCGAGCAGAUCCGCGAAGUGGCUUCCGGAGCCGCGAGGAUCCGUGGGGAGACCUUGGGCAUCAUUGGGCUAGGUCGCGUGGGGCAGGCGGUGGCCCUGCGGGCCAAGGCAUUCGGCUUCAACGUGCUCUUCUACGACCCCUACCUGUCGGACGGCACGGAGCGGGCGCUGGGGCUGCAGCGGGUCAGCACCCUGCAGGACCUGCUCUUCCACAGUGACUGCGUGACCCUGCACUGCGGCCUCAAUGAGCACAACCACCACCUCAUCAACGACUUCACCGUCAAGCAGAUGAGACAAGGGGCCUUCCUGGUGAACACGGCCCGGGGCGGCCUGGUGGACGAGAAGGCCUUGGCCCAGGCCCUAAAGGAGGGGCGGAUACGUGGCGCGGCCCUGGACGUGCACGAGUCGGAGCCCUUCAGCUUCAGCCAGGGUCCUCUGAAGGACGCACCCAACCUGAUCUGCACCCCCCACGCAGCCUGGUACAGCGAGCAGGCGUCCAUCGAGAUGCGCGAGGAGGCAGCCCGGGAGAUCCGGAGAGCCAUCACAGGCCGGAUCCCCGACAGCCUGAAGAACUGCGUCAACAAGGACCACCUGACAGCUGCCACCCACUGGGCCAGCAUGGACCCAGCCGUCGUGCACCCCGAGCUCAACGGGGCCGCCUACAGCAGGUACCCCCCGGGCGUGGUGGGUGUGGCCCCCAGUGGCAUCCCAGCAGCUGUCGAAGGCAUUGUCCCCAGCGCCAUGUCCCUGUCCCACGGCCUGCCCCCCGUGUCCCACCCGCCCCACGCCCCUUCUCCCGGCCAAACCGUGAAGCCCGAGGCGGAUAGAGACCACCCGAGUGACCAGUUGUAGCCCGGGCGGAGCUCUGCAGCCUCAGUCGGCGGGGCCGCCGUUGGACAGGCGCGCGGAGUGGCUUGCAGGCGCCACAGCGAUCCAGAGACUGUCCCGGCUCCAGGUGGCCGGGAGGAGGCGCCAAGCCUCCCGGCGUCGACUGUAGUUGUCCCGUCCCGAAGGCCGGCCGCUGCCCUGUGUCCUUUGCGUCCUCGUUAAGCAAGAGAAGUUAGUAGUUAAUCUCAUGAGUGUCCUGUCCGUGUCCAGUCUUAGAGCGUGACAAAGGGUCUGUUUGCCAGGCCGUCAGCCAGGAACCGGGGGGCUCAACAGGUCGAUUUCACACGGUUUCCUUCCGUGCGUUGAACGGCCCGGAAUGAGGCAGUUGGCAAACUUCUCAGGACAAUGAAUCCUUCCCGUUUUUCUUUCUACGCCACACAGUGCAUUGUUUUUUCUACCUGCUUGUCUUAUUUUUAGAAUAACUUAGAAAACAAAACAAAGGCUGUUUUCCUAAUUUUGGCAUGAACCCCCUUGUUCCAAAUGAAGACGGCACUGCGACACGGCUCGAGACGAAGAGAGCCUGGGCCCGCGGCAUCUGUCCGGGCUGCAAGCGCGCCAUGUCCCGGCCUGCGCCGGUGCCGUCCGUCCUGCUGAUGUGGUAGCUCGCAGUAUCUUGGUUAAAAUCAUGUUUGUGACUGUCACCAUUUGUAUGAAUUAUUUUAAAGAAAUAAAAGCCCCAGAAAGAG